GUUUGUUUUCAUUUUGUCGUGGUGGUUUUAUACUAUUUUCCCUGAAUCAACCGCUAAUGCACAGAUACAUACUGCGGAGAGAUUAGAGUGACAAAAGUCAAGAGCACAGCAGAGAGACUGGGUAUUAAUUUUGUACGAAUCUUCUCUCCUGUUUCGAUAUCACUGAAGGCAAUAGUAUGACAGAAAACUCAAAUUUCGGGCAACGAUCGGGCUCGAUUGAGGCUAAUGAGACUGAUGAGUCUUUCGUUAGGAUAGAACCGGUCUCCUCCACCAAUCUAGUGAGCAUGCGAGCGUCGAAAAAUCAAGCAAAUAGAACAUCGUUUUCUCUACAUCCGACGCGUUCAUCACCGACUUUCGAUGAGCACACUCGACUCUUUCACAAUCGUUCUUCGAGGAAGAAGCGUUUGGUCGGUAAAAAUGGAUCUCUCAAAGUGUCGGCCAGAAAUGUACCGCGUAAAACCAAGCUGUACUUCGCCGACUUGUUCACCACAGUGAUCGAUCUUCACUGGCCAUGGGUGAUUUUGAUAUUCUGCGGGUCUUAUGUGCUGUCAUGGCUGUUGUUCGCCCUGCUUUGGUGGCUGAUUGUCGCAAUAAGGGGACCCUCAGUUUGUGUCACGGAGGUUUAUGAUUGGCCUUCUGCCUUCCUGUUUUCUAUUGAAACUGAGCAAACCAUUGGCUAUGGAACCAGAGCAAUCACAACAAAGUGUCCAGAGGCUGCCAUCAUGUUACAGAUACAAUCUCUGAUUGGUUUGCUUUUGGAUGCUUUUUUGCUUGGUUUGACAUUUGCAAAACUAUCCCAGCCUCGUGAACGUAUGAAGACUGUGAUGUUUUCAGAGAAUGCAGUGAUUGCGCCAAGGGAUGGGAAACUGUGUUUGAUGUUCAGGGUUGGAGAUAUUCGCAAAAGCCAAAUUGUUGAUGCUUCUAUAAGAAUGCAGUUAUUUCGGAAGAGGACAACCUCAGAAGGAAAAGAAAUCCCAUUUUAUCAGGAGGAUCUCAGAGUGUGUUAUGACUGGCAAAACCCUCAGAAUGACUUCAGGAAUGAGUUAUUUCUUUUGCUUCCAAUGGUAAUAUUUCAUGUCAUUGAUGAAAAAAGCCCUUUUUUUCUGAUCACGCCUGAUCAGCUUAAGGAAUCAGAUUAUGAAAUUGUUGUCAUUUUGGAUGGAAUAGUUGAACAUACAGGAAUGAAUACUCAGCCCAAGACUUCUUACACCAGUGAUGAGAUCUUGUGGGGCUAUGACUUUCUGAAUGUCAUCAAUCGAAACUUUCUGGAGAAUGGCAAAUACUUUGUAGAUUUUUCCAAGUUUAAUGAGAUCUGCAAUGUUGAAAUACCAUUGUGCUCUCCCAAAGAAUUUUAUGAAAUGCAACAUUAAAUUUGUGCUUCUCAUUAGGAUGAUGCAGAAAUCAUUUGGUUUUACGUCGUAAUCCAAGCUGAGGAAAAUUUAACCAAAAUUGUUUUACCUGAGGAUGUUGCUGCUGUAUGUCACACAGAUCCAAAGAUACAUUGGUAAAAAAAUGCAGUGUAUGAUGCAUGGAGUUUCAUGAAAGCAAUUUACCUUGUCAGCAAAGAGAGGGUUGAUACUUAAUACAGAGCAGCCACUAUUAACACCUUAUGUAGAUUAUAUAGCUGAUGAGAUGAUGCAGAAAAUAUUUAUCCAUCAAACCAUAGUGAAUUAGUAAUACAGCUUUAUUUAUUGUCUUAUAUAAUGCCCAAGAAAAAUUUCUACAAGUGGGAUUUUAUCGCUAAUCUACAUUGCCCUUCUCUAUGAUUGUGAAUGAUAAUUUAGAGCAGUUUUCAAGUGAGGGUCAAAAAACUAAAACUUACAUUAUCACAAUGGCCAGGCAGAGAAAAGAUUGACAUCAUCACUGGCGAUGAGAACUGAAAGUAAAGACUGGCAAACUGCUUGAAAUGUAGAAACAAUAGAAACCAAGCUGCACUUAGGUUUAGUUUUACAUCUGAUUUGAUGGUGGGUCAAGGUGGUUGCAAAGUUAAUCAAGAGAAAACUAAUAUACAAAAAUGUUAUAUUCAGUGACUAUCCUUGCCCAAAAAAAUCUAAAGGUGGGAAUUAUUUCAUAAUUAUGAAGUAGAAUUAUUACUUAAAAUGUCUUUUAAAAAAAUUCCUGAAACUUGAGCAUUCUCUUCCCAUUUGGUCUAAUGUCUAAGUAAUGAGCAGUAAAGCCUGCUAGAUUCAAGCAAGGGAGCAAAACAAGUGUACCAGAGGUGUGUCGUGGGAUAAGCCAGAGCCCUUGUGACCUCCACUGCUUGUCACCCUGAAACACACUCUCCUCGCUGCUUGUGUUGCGGUGCUAACAAGGGCGUGCUCACAGGUUAUGUAAAUGUAAGAGAAAUAUCUAAGAAAAUGAAGCCUCCUACUGAAGAAUGUAAAGGUGUUCCUGAAGCAUGGUAGAUCAGAGGAUUUACUGGCUACUACACAGAAUUCUCAGGCUAAAUUCAGUCUAUUCGCUCCGACGAAGGGCUAACACUCGAAACGUCAGCUUUUGUAAUCAUUACGGUGGCCAAUUUAA